GGAGCCCCACUUAAGGGCCUCGGGCAGACCUUGCGAGGUCAGCACUCAUUUAGCUGAUUAAUUUUGAUGUUUAGUUUGAAGCGGACCUGUGGUGUAAUAUAAGAUUCUAAUCACUGCCUGUAAUUACAGAGCAGACCAAGCCACUAAUGAUGGAGCAGGAUAAAUCAACCAUCCUACUUAAAGGGGUCUCUUCAGUCUGAAAUACUGCAAAAUAAAAUAAUUACCAAAGCUCCUGUCCGGAGGGUCUCUUCAUACCUCGAAACAUCACAAGUCCCAAAACAAUAUUUUCAUGUCAUGGGGUUAAAAUUGGAAAAAUUUCCAGCAGUCUCAUUCUCAUUUUGAUAGAAGUUCCUGUAAGUACGCUGUAGUUGAUUGAAGGGCUUGUUGAGGCAGGUGUGGCCUUGUUAGCCCAUUUUACAGAUGGAUAGGCUUUCAGAAGUGGGGCUGUGGGUGCUAUUGCCACCCCCUAAGGGAGGACAGGUGGAUGUUGGUCUGUAGAGGUGUGGGGCUUGAGCUCUCCCAGGCCUCCUGUCUAAACCUGGCUAAUGACUGGGGGAACUGUACUGCCCCAUAUAUGGGGCACUGUUCAAUAUGGCAUAGCUCUGUCCUGCCUGAAAGUGCCCUUUGAAGUCUCCUGUGACUGCAGGUGGGCUGCCCUGUGUUCUGUCCCUUCUACCUCCCCAUUGCCACUGCAGGGCCAACCAUCUCUCCCUCACCUGUCCACACUACAGCAUUCUCGGUGACUUACCCUAGGAGAGAGCAGAGGAUAGGGGGGAGGCUAGGCUCCUGGUCUGCCAGUGUUUGGGCCCUUGGCAGUUGGUCCUCGGGCAGCCUUGUCAGUGUGCUGGGCAGAGGUUGACGUCCAAGGUCGUCUACCCACUUCUCAUGCCCUCUGAACUGUCUGGUCAUGGUUUCCUCUCCUAAGCAAGUAUGGUACCUCCCUUAUAGGAGACGGGCCCUUGACAGUGGUGGGACCCUAGAACUUGCCCACACCCACUAGGAGAGGGACAACAAAGGCCUUCUGAGCAAGAGACCAAUUGCUGAUGAGAGCCAAUAACCCUCUUCUACACAGCAGCAUGCUUCAGUGUGCCGAGCUUGCCAUCCUGGUUCUAGUGGGAGUCCUGUGGCCACUGGGACCAGGCAGUUUGCACAGUGAGCCUUUGUAGGGGAGUGGACAGGGGCAAGUUGAUGCAUGAUGUGUUUAAAAACACUUUACCUGUCUCUCAGCAUCCCAGCAUCACUGUUGACCUCCAAAGUGAAAGAAGAUGAGUGAGUCGAGCUCGAAGUCCAGCCAGCCCUUGGCCUCCAAGCAGGAAAAGGACGGUACUGAGAAGCGAGGCCGGGGCAGGCCACGUAAGCAGCCUCCGGUGAGUCCAGGGACAACGCUAGUAGGGAGUCAGAAGGAACCCAGUGAAGUGCCAACACCUAAGAGACCUCGUGGCCGACCAAAGGGGAGCAAAAACAAGGGUGCUGCCAAGACCCGGAAAACCACCACAGCUCCAGGAAGGAAACCAAGGGGCAGACCCAAAAAACUGGAGAAGGAGGAAGAAGAGGGCAUCUCCCAGGAGUCCUCAGAGGAGGAGCAGUGACCGCACAGUGCCGACUGCUCCCUGGCUAGGAGCAGCUUCCCUCUGGGACUGGACAGCGUCGUUCAGCUCCCACAGCCCCCUUCCCUGCCCUCCUCCCCCAAACUGCCCCCAGUCCCCAUGCGCCCUCCCCACCGCACACUACAGCACACCAGCGCUGCAGGGCUCCUGUGGCGAGUGCUUUCCUCCACCUCCCCGUGCCCUUCCCACCCACGCACACCUGCCUCUCCCAGACAAGGCUAACUUCCCACUUAGCCGCAGCGUGCACCUGCUGCGCCCCCACUCCCUUGUGGAGAAAUUGCUCUCUGAGCUCUUGGUUUGGGAACUUGCUCUGCUCCUCCACUGUUGCCUCUAGCUUCCCUUAAAGGGGCCUGGGAGGGCUCCCCUGGCCUUACGGGGGCCCAUGCCCCAUCCAUUUUGACAUGCCCACUCUGGCUAUACUGGCCUCAACCGGGGUUAUUCAACCCCCAGCCAAACUGUCCCCAGUGGCCCAUCUGCUCUCCCUCACCUCCCCUGCACUGGGUUGGACAACCAACCCCUUGUGGGAAACAGGUAAGAGGGCAAGAGGUGGGGCCCCACCCCCCAGCUUUCCCAUGGGAUCUAGCAUCCCCAUUUCUGCUCUAGGCGGUUCCCCUCAUCUGUGGGGCACUAAUAAGGAGCUCGCCCUGCCUACCCCCUCCCUCGCCUGCCCACACCCCUCCCCCAAGGUUCUGGUUCCAUCUUUUCCUCUGUUCACAAACUACCUCUGGACAGUUGUGUUGAUUUUUUUUGUUCAAUGUUUCAUUCUUAGACAUCAUCAUUGCUGCUGCUACCAGCGCCAAACAUUCAGUUCAUAGCCUCCCAUUCAGCCCGCGGUCCCCUCCUCCCCCAGGAUACUUCAUGGGGGAAGGGGGUCUGGGGCACAGCAGGCUGGGUUGCAGACCACCCCAGUCCCAGGGAAGGUGGGGUCCUGCCCCGAGGAUGCUGCAGCUGAGUUGUUGGGGGGGGUCCAUGUUGAUUGUGUGAAGGGUGUAGGGGCCACUGUCUCCCCUUGUCCUGUUGGGGAGGGGUGGCCAUUACUUGUCCCAGCCUGGGGCUCCCCCUUUGGUUUCCUAUUUGCAGUUACUUGAAUAAAAAUAUCCUUUUCUGGAA